CGGUGAGGUCACUGACGUGCGGCAAUCCGGGGCCGAGGAGGCCGAGCUGCAUCCUUUUUUUCCCCCGCCCUGGUUCGAGCGCUGCUGUCGGAGAGUUCUCUGGUGAAGAGAUGGCGUUUGUCAAGAGUGGGUGGUUGCUGCGACAGAGUACUAUUUUGAAACGCUGGAAGAAGAAUUGGUUUGAUCUGUGGUCGGAUGGUCACCUGAUCUAUUAUGAUGACCAGACCCGUCAGAGUAUCGAGGACAAGGUCCACAUGCCCGUGGACUGCAUCAACAUCCGCACGGGGCACGAAUGUCGGGAUACUCAGCCUCCAGAAGGGAAAUCUAAAGACUGUAUGCUGCAGAUUGUUUGCCGAGAUGGGAAAACUGUCAGUCUUUGUGCAGAAAGUACAGAUGAUUGUUUGGCGUGGAAAUUUACACUCCAGGAUUCUAGGACAAACACCGCGUAUGUGGGCUCUGCCGUCAUGACUGAUGAGACAGCUGUGGUUUCUUCCCCUCCUCCGUACACGGCAUAUGCCACACCGACACCUGAGCAGGCAUACGGCUAUGGUCCAUACGGUGGUGCAUACCCACCAGGAACUCAAGUUGUCUAUGCUGCAAAUGGGCAAGUGUAUGCUGUGCCCUACCAGUACCCAUAUGCAGGACUUUACGGACAGCAGCCUACCAACCAAGUCAUCAUCCGUGAGCGGUAUCGAGACAACGACAGUGAUUUGGCACUGGGCAUGCUGGCUGGGGCGGCCACGGGCAUGGCCUUAGGCUCCCUCUUCUGGGUCUUCUAGAGGCCUUGAGAUCUGGAUGUGCACAGCUUCUGAUUACCCCAUGUGCAAUGAUAGGAUCUGCAGGGCGUUUCUGUUUGUGACACACGUUUUAAUCAUAGUUGUAAUAGUUACUUUGAAAGUAGUGAUGUCUUAAUUGUAACUGAUCCAUAUAAGUAUCUCAGAGGAGGGUUUGCACUGUGCUGUUUAGAUGAACACGAACUCUUUAGGGGCACAAGUUCAUUCCUAAUGCAACUCUUGAAAUACCUUAUUUGAAUAUACCUAUUUUGAAAGGCAUUUUCUUUUUAGAGUUGAGUGUGGCAACUUUAGGGAUAAUUUAUUUUUUGUGUUGUGCCAGUAAUAUAGUGAUGUGUAAGUAAAUGAGUGAUCAUGGCAAGAAAACCUGCAGCUUCUGUUUAACUUCAGACCUUCAAGGCUCAGGCCGGAGCUGGGCUGGUUGGGUCCUGGGCAGCUUCCCUGAGGCAGUGAUGUGAGAGCCCCAGACCCGCCCUCUGGAUUCCACAAGCCCCAUCCAUUCAGGAUGACAGGGGACAGCCCCGCUUUGGGAAAGGAUGCUUCAGAAACCUGCCUAACCCUAGCUGCUUAUUCUCACAUUAUUUUGGUAGGUCUUGGUAGUAGGAUUUAGAAAGCAUCUCAAAUUAGGAAUUGAUUUGCUCCUCAAAGUUUUAGGGCUUUAUCCUUUAACACUUGAUGAAGGCAGAACAACAACAAGUGUAUGGAGGUAGAUUUGCUUUAUUCAGAGACAUGGUUUUGUGUCUGCUCUGGGUGUUUUUAUUGCUGCCUAAGCCUACGUGGAGCCUAUUUUUCUACUGGUUGUGAGAGUGAUAGUAAAAGAAUGUGAGGGAAAUAGAAGGAGUGCCAUGGUUAGAACAUUGCCUGUUUCUGGCCCUCUGGGGAUUGUGCUGAGUGGAGGAUGCUCUUCUGUUCCUCUGAGGACCUGUCCUGUGCCAGAGAGGGCCUGGUGACUGUCCACUGAGUGUUGGGACAGACCAGAGCUGGAAGACUCAGGCUGUACGGAAGUGGGGCCCGGGGAUGUGAGAGACCUGCUCAGAGGACCACUGGGCUCGGCCAGGCCCCCAGCUUUGUUCUCAUUCCCGACCCACGUGUGAUAGAGAACCUUAGAACACUGAGUUUUGAGCCCCCAAACAUGUGAGUCUCUUGAAAACCCAUAGUCUUGCCUUUCCGUCCAGUACUCUUAUGUCCAGCGUUAUGAAGUAUGUAUUUCACAUAUUCACACAUUCCACGUUUCACAGCUCCUAGUGACUCCGUUUUCUGUCUUGCAUUCUGAGCGGUCCCUUCUUGCAAGGGCAGGUUAGCACAGUGAGUGUCCCUGCUCCACAUUUCAUGUGGUCCUUUUCCCCCUCAAAUACACUCCAGGUUGCACAGACUGUUUCGUUUUCCCUGGCUGGUUGUGUGAUACUGUCUUGUACACACACUGCCUAGUCGGCUCUGUCUCUGAGACACACUUAACAUACGUCUCCAUGUUACACCAGAUGCCAAACAAACUGAAUAUGCCAAACAGACUGCUGGUCUGUAUCGGUCUUGUUGCCAAGGGGGUGUCUGUUUCCACCAGGAGGGAAAUGUGUGCUCUCUGGAUAGAAGUGGUGUGUUACAAUACUGGUGUCAGUGGUUUAAAAUACUGUUAUGAGGAUUUUAUGUCCUGUGUGAUAUGAGUGGCUUUUGUUCAGAUUAUAAUCAUUGUCAAAGCAGUGUGUUUUACUUUCAAACCAUUUAUAGUUUUUCCUGUUGCAUCAAGUGUAAUUCGAACUUGGAGUUACUGGGCAGGAAUUAUAGGAACCACACAGAAUUCAGUUAUACCUGAGUGCUCUUGAAGGAAAGAGCACCUGUGGGAUUCCCUGGCUCCUUCUGGCUGAAGAGGGAGAGGUGUGGAUGGAAGCCUGGGCACCUGUGUGCGUCCCAGUCCCCGUCCCCCAUGGGGCCAGCCUCAUGAGGCAGCCACGGAGGGGCCUGGGAAUUCACUGUCAGUAGACUUGAGCCUGGUAUGAGAUGCAUACUGGGGGUGAUGGUGAGCUCAGAUCGAUUCCCUGCCAGAGCUUCCAUCGAUGCCCACCUUCUCAUCACCUCCGUUUCUUAGCCAUGUCCUUUGUUAAGUGUGUGAGUUGGAAGAAUUUUGUUGGAAGUUUGAGUAAGAAUUUUAAAUGAUGAUCUGUACCUGGGAGAAGUUAGCCAUUGACAUUGUACACAUGCCAAUCUGAUUGUCCUUUUAAUUUCUUGAGUUAACUUCAGGGUCUUGGAUAUUAAAGAGAAGAGGGAGACCUAUUGUUAAUGUCUCAGAUUGUCAUUCAUGAACAGGGCCAGACCAUAUCUAUUUAGUUCAUAGGACACAGGGUUGCCAUUUGGAUCCCGAGAAGAAGGCCCUGCAAUUGGGACAAAUGACCCAAGUUUAUUUUUCACAUCAAGUGUUGGUUCUGUAUAAUCUUUAUUUUUUUUCCCUAGUUUAUAUAGACAUAAGGCAUGGACUACGGUUCCACUUCUCUUUCCGGAGUUGGUCUUUUUUGUGAUUGCUUCCUGGCCUCUGGUGUUGUCUACAGAACCUGUUUUCCCCUGUAUAUGUGAACUACACAUUUAUAACUGAAAAUGUCAAUACAUUAAAUGAUCGUUAACCUUAAAGCAUG